AUGUCUUUUAAUUCAGAAGAUCUUUAUUUGAAUAGAGCAAAAUUUGUUAUGAAAUAUCUUGGAGUUUGGGUUCCUCCUGAAAACGAAAAUUUCGCAAGGAAAUUUUACAAAGUUUUUAUGAUGACCCUUCAACAUUUAUUUUUAUUUUUCCAGAUAAUAUACAUAGUAGAAGUAUGGGGGGACUUGGAAGCAGUUUCUCAAGCGUCGUACUUGCUAUUUACACAAGCCUGUCUGUGUUUUAAGAUAACAGUUUUUCAAAUAAACAUGAAUAAGCUCAAAGAACUCUUGAAGCAAAUGAACGGAUACGUUUUUCAGCCAAAGAAUAUUAAUCAAGAAAACAUUAUAAAAGUACAAGCGACACGAAUUAAGAGAUUGUUAUUUGCGUUCAUGAUAAGCUCCCAGUUGACAUGUGGCAUGUGGGCUCUGAAGCCGUUGUUCGACGAUGUCGGAAGUAGAAAAUUCCCUUUUGAUAUGUGGAUGCCAGUAUCUCCGGAGAGGUCACCACAUUACCAUUUAGGCUACUCAUUUCAGUUAGUAACGAUCUGUAUGAGUGCCUAUAUGUACUUUGGUGUAGACAGCGUAGCCUUUUCCUCGGUCAUCUUUGGGUGCGCUCAAAUCGGUGUUAUAAAGGACAAAAUAAUGAGCAUAAAGCCUUUGGGAAUAUACAGGAAUCAUAAAACGCAUACAAAAAUUUCACGGUACAACAGAAAAACUUUGAUCGAAUGUGUAAAACAUCAUCAAGCUGUGAUUUCAUUCACAGAACUAGUUGAAGACACGUAUAACUCUUACCUGUUGUUUCAACUGGUUGGCAGCGUUGGUAUUAUUUGUAUGUCGGCUCUUCGUAUUUUGGUGGUGGAUUGGCGCAGUGUCCAAUUUUUCUCAAUACUGUGCUAUUUAUCAGUAAUGAUAAGCCAAUUAUUUGUCUGUUGUUGGUGUGGACACGAACUUAGUGCUACGAGUGAAGAGCUCCACACGAUUUUGUACAACUGUGCGUGGUACGAUAAGGAUGUGAAAUUCAAAAGAGAUCUUAUUUUCAUGAUGGCGCGUGCUAGACGUCCCAUUUUACUCCGCGCCGGCUAUUAUAUCGGCCUUUCGAGGCAGAGCUUUGUUUCUAUCCUUCGCAUGUCUUAUUCCUACUUUGCUGUCUUGAAUCAAACGAAUAAAUGA